AUGGCGUCUAAAUGUUUUUCUGAGGAGGAUUUCUCUUGUCUUGUGUGCUGUGAGGUUUUUAAAGAUCCUGUUGUGUUGUCCUGUAGUCACAGUGUCUGUAAAGACUGUAUUCACAGAUUCUGGGAAAGUAAAGGAGCUCAAGAAUGUCCAGUUUGCAGAAAAAGAUCUUCAAAAGAUAAUCCUCCAUUAAAUCUGGCUUUAAAGAAUCUGUGCGAGAGUUUCUUACAGGAGAGAAGUGAGAGAUCUUCAUCAGUCUGUCAUCUUCACAAUGAGAAACUCAAACUCUUCUGUCUGGAUGAUCAACAGCCCGUGUGUGUCGUGUGUCAAGUCUCCAGAACACACAACAACCACAAAUUCUGUCCUGUCGAUGAAGCUGUCGACGAGAAUAAGGAGAAACUCAGAAGUGCAUUAAAACCCUUACAGGAGAAACUGAGAAUAUUUGAGGAGUUUAAACAGAAUUUGGAUAAAACAGCAGAACAUAUAAAGAUUCAGAGUCGCUGCACAGAGACGCAGAUUCAUGAAGAGUUUGAGAAACUUCACCAGCUUCUACAUGAUGUAGAAUCAGCCAGAAUAAGAGCACUGAGAGAGGAAGAGGAGCAGAAGAGUCAGAUGAUGAAGGAGAAUAUUGAGAAGAUCAACAGAGACAUUUCAUCUCUUUCACACACAAUCAGAGGUGUAGAGGAGCAGAUGACAGCUGAAGAUGUUUCAUUCCUACAGGUGCUUCAGUCUUCACUCCAAUAUAUGAGGCUCAUUUUCAAUCAUGUCAAUCACGUCAAUCAUGUGUUUGUGUUUCAACAGAACGUGAAGAGCACACUGGAGAGAGUUCAGUGUGGAGCGUCAGAUCCAGAGAACAUCUCAGGAAUGAUGAUCAAUGUAGCAAAACAUCUCAGCAACCUGAAGUUUACUGUCAUUCACAAGAUGAAGGACAAUGUUCAAUACACUCCAGUGACUUUAGAUCCAAACACAGCUCACUGUGAUCUCCUCAUGUCUGAUGAUCUGUUCAGUGUGAGAUUCAGUGCAGAUGCAGCAGCUCUGAUUCCUGAUAAUCCAGAGAGAUUUGAUGUGUAUUCGUGUGUUUUGGGUUCAGAGAGUUUUAGUUCAGGGAUUCACUGCUGGGAUGUUCAGGUUGGAGAUAACACAUACUGGGCUCUGGGUGUGAUGACAGAAUCUGCUCAGAGGAAGAGUAAUGUAUUCUCCAGGACUGGAGUCUGGUGUGUGUAUUAUUACUCUGGUAAAUAUGCUGCAGUCAUUACACCAGAAACAGGUUUUGAUCUCUCAGUGAAAGAGAAAGUUGAGAGAAUCCGAGUUGAGCUGGAUUGUGACCGAGGAAAACUGUCAUUCUCUGAUCCUCUCACUAACACACACAUACACACUUUCACACACAAGUUUACUGAGAGAGUUUAUCCAUGGUUUACUGUUAUCAGUAACAUUUCUCCUCUGGUGAUCUUACCAGUAAAAUCACAGCAGUAACAAACACAACAGAUUUAAUUAAGAGAUAUAAUAGUUUGUCUCUUUGUAUUAAUGACACUUAAAGUUUGGCAUGAUAAGACCACGUUUAUUUUGGUUGUAAUUCCUGUAAAUCGUUUAACUCUAAUGUUUUCAUGUUUUUAAUGGCUGAAAUGGUGAAAACUUGAGUUUGUCAGGGUGUGAUGACAGAAUCUCUCCAAAAGAAUCUUGACAAAUACUUCACAAAUACACUUUACAGUUUAAAUAAUAGACUAGACAAAAUUUUGCAGCAUUCCUUUAACUCUUUUGAAUUUCAUAUGACAUAUAUUACACUUUGAUUGAUUCAUAGUUCAUCCAAUUAUUAUGUACAGUAAAAAUGAUUCAUCUGAAAAACUGACUGCUAUAUGUUUUAAAGUAAUAGAAACGUGAGAUACUAACAAUCACCAAUAUUGAGGGGGCAGUUUCACUAUCAUGCGUUUGUUGUUUGUCAUUUGCAGUUUCUGUUUAUGUUCUUCUCAACUUCUCAACAUUUAAAUGCUUUUAUUUGAUAGUACUCUA